UCGGUUCCCAUAUAUAUCAAUUUGCGUGUGCGAACAGUUUCCGCCUUCGGCAGCGAACAGUCAAUAGAAGCCUUCCACGGAGUUUGUUGGUCCUUCGAUUUCCCCGGUGUGCUGGAUUCAAAGAAUUUAAGUUGAGCUACGUUUUUCGUUUCAUUAGCUGCCCGUAUCCGGAUCCUGGAUCUAGAGGUUCUCGGUUGACCAAGUCGCGGAUGCACGUAAUGGUGCAGUAUGGUCGCGUAGAAUGUCCGUCUUUGCGAGCAGUCCAUUCAUGGUCUCGGUCGGCUCGGGUUCUUUCACUUCUACUAGCUGAUUGGUGGUGGUUGCCUAGGCCGCCGCUCGAUCCGCUGCGCGACGCCGCUGCUGCAAAUGGCGAAUGCGAUUUUUGAUCACUGCCGCUGCCUUAAGCGGAUGUGUACUUCGAUGUAGAUGCGCCUGGUUGAUAAGGAGCGCAAGCGUCAAGGUUCGUGGUACUAAUACCGCAGUGACUAUCCCUGCAGUUCGCCGGACCGCAGCGGUCACGAUCGAGGAAAAGUGAGGGCCACUGCG